GAUUUGAUUGUAUGAAGCUCUCCCGACACUUGAUGUGCUAUGAUCUCCGAUACCUUCGGCUGGGACGCUACAGGCGGCGGACUGAUCUUCCUACCUCUUUCAGCGCCCGCACUUCUCGGGCCAGUGGUUGGAAGAUUCACAGACCGGUAUGGAGGCAGAUGGUUCGCAUUUGCUGGCUUUAUUAUCCUUUGCGUCGCUUUGGCUUUACUUCGACUUAUGGAGCAAAAUACGGCUGAACAGAAAGCGAUAUUGUGUGUUCUGCUUGUCCAGGUGGGAAGCUGCAUGACUCUUACGCUUGAGCCGGUGUUGGCAGAGAUGACUUCGGCAGCUGCUAGGCUUGAGAGAUCGGAUAUCGAAGCUGGGCUUGAGGUCAAGAGUUCGUACUGUCAGGCUUAUGCUUUGUUCAACAUGGCGUGGGCGGCGGGAAACUUUGCUGGACCGUUGUGGGGUGGUCUACUUGUCGAAGCGGCUGGUUGGAAGGUUAUGAAUAUGUCGAUGAGCAUUGUCGCCGGUCUGAGUGCUGUGCCUAUUGGGCUGUUUCUUGGUGGUUGGUUGUUUGAUCGAGGCGAACCAGAUGCUUGAACUUUUUGUUAGCACUUACUGCGUUCAAGCGUUGAAGCGUUGUUAGCAUUUCAAAAGCAAGAUGCAUUUCUCUGGCGCGAGACAAGGCCU